AUUUAGUAUAUUGUAACCUAAAUGUUCGGGAAAUUUUCAGCAACACUUGCAUUUUUAAUGUAACUUGUUCUUUUAGUCUCAGAUACGAUCAUAAGUUCUCAGUAAAAAGUCAUUGAACAAAAAAUAAACGAGUAACAAUUCAAGCAUGCCAAACAAAAGAAAGCGGGAACAAAAUAACAGCAGAGGCCAAACUGUGUUGUCGAAAUUCUUUAACCACAAAAACAUUGGUCAUGGAAGUGACAAAAGUGAAACCAAGGAAAUAAAGACUCAAACCAUUACAGAACAGACCAUUCAUGAAAUUAUUCAACUAAGUGAUGAUGAUACACUUGAGGAAGAGCAACAUCAGAAAAAAAUUAAAAAGUCACCCUCCAGAGAAGACCAGAGAACCACACAUGUUUCAGACAGUAAUUUUGUGACAUCACUCAGAGAGACUGUUGACAGAGCUAAGAAAAAGCUUAAACAUUUUGAACUCACAGAUUGUGAAGAAAGAUCACUGCAUGUUACCUCUGACAAGACACUUCAAGAGUCAGAAAGGAAUAAACAGCACAGCUGUCCAUUAGGAAAACAAAGUGACAGUUUGUCAGUAGUAAAGAGAGAACUCAGUUUAUUCUGUAACUCAAAACAUAUUGCUAAAAAAGAGAAGGGUGAUAUUCCUAAAGCCCCAAAUCCCAUUAUUGUGAAGUACGGUACACUCCGCUUGAACAGCAGUUCCUAGAGUUUAAGGAACAGUAUCCUGAUGCAGUACUUUUUGUGGAGUGUGGUUAUAAAUAUAGAUUCUUUGGAGAUGAUGCUAUGGUGGCUGGGGAAAUACUGAAGAUUUUUACUCAUCAAGACCACAACUUUUUGACGGCAAGUAUUCCUGUCCAUCGUCUAGAAGUGCAUGUGGGACGUCUGGUGGCUGCUGGCUAUAAGGUUGGCAUAGUCAGCCAGACUGAAACUGCCGCCCUAAAGGCAGCUGGCACAAACCGCAAUGUGCCAUUCACCAGGAAACUGACAGCUCUGUACACAAGGUCCACGAUGAUUGGACUGGAUUCUGGUGACCUUGCGGAAGAGAACAGCUCUGUUUCCAUGGUUACCAAUUAUCUUGUGUGUAUCUACGACAAUGGAUCCAAGAAAGGAGUACAGGAACAUCAAUUAGGCUUGGUUGCAGUGCAGCCAUCAACAGGAGACGUUAUUUACGACUGUUUUCUGGACUCUGGGGCCCGGCCUGAGCUGGAGACCAGGCUGUCUCACAUACAGCCAGUAGAGGUCCUUCUCUCUACUGAUGUCUCCAUGGAAACAGAAAAUGCUGUCAAAAGCUUGCAGAUAGUCAGUGAACAAGGUGAAGACAAAAUGCGAGUGGAGAAAUUGAACUUCGAGAGGUUUGAACAAAGUUACAGCUUUCGAAAGUUAAACAGCUUCUAUAAAACAGUGCAAGCUUUAGAUUUCAUCCUGGAGCUACCAAAGCCUGUGCAGUGUUGCCUCGGGGCCUUGAUAGAGUACCUUGAAGAUUUUAACUUGCAAUCAACAUUGUCGGAUGUCAGCCUGUUCACAAAGUUUUCAACAUUGACUGAGACCAUGCAGCUGGACAGUCGUGUACUACACAACCUGGAGGUGUUUGUGAACCAGACGGACGGUUCAGAACGAGGCUCGCUGUUCUCCAUGGUGAACCACACCCAAACAAAGGCUGGAGCGCGACUGCUGAAAACUUGGCUUGCUAAGCCAUUAAUAAAUUACAGUGAAAUCAUGAAGCGACAAGAAGCUGUCAAACAUUUAGUGGAGUGCGACCUUGAAGAAACUGAGGGCUGGUCCUCUGCAUUGAGGAAUCUUCCUGAUCUGGAACAAAAAUUGAUGUCUGCUUUUCUGAAAAAGAUUAAACCAGCUGACUUUUACAACAUGUGUGUUGCCCUGGAGACUGUGAGGUCAGAGUUCGCAAAGAAGAGGUCAAAGUCACAGCGUCAUGUGACCUCUCAUUUGUUAAGCAACUACUUGACGAAUGUUCCAGACCUGCUGUCAGAUGUGGGUCACAUUGUAGAAUCAUUGAAUGGAAAAGCAGCCAAAGAGAACAACAAGAGCGAAGUGUUUGCUAACCUAGAUGCAUACCCCGAUGUUAGGGAGUGCCAGGCUCGGAUAUUGGAUAUCGAGAGAGAAUUUCAGGAUCACAGGCGUCACGUGCGUCUCACCUUGGGGCAGCCUGGCCUGGAGUAUGCCACUGUCCUCGGCACAGAGUAUUUAAUAGAGGUGAAGAAUGCAAACCUAGGAAUGGUUCCAAAAGACUGGAUCAAACUUAGCAGUACAAAAGUUGUUGGGCGCUUUCACAGUCCCUUCAUCGUUGUGAAGUAUAGUGAGCUGCAGCAGGCAAGAGAACAGCUGGGGAUCUCUACAGACCAGGCCUGGGAGACAUUCCUAGAAUCAUUUUCGACCUGCUACCAGAGAUUUCGGCAAGCAGUGCGAUGUCUUGCAGAACUGGACUGUCUGUUGUCCCUAGCAACCGUUGGCCGGCAACAAGGCUAUACCAGGCCUAUAAUGGUGGAAAAUGACCUUGUGAUUGAUGUAACCAAGGGAGGUCACCCUGUGGUGCAGUCAUUGCUGUCUGAGACAGGACAGUAUGUCUACAAUGAUACACAUCUGCAGGCAGGGGACAGAAGGGUGAUGCUGAUUACUGGUCCGAAUAUGGGAGGUAAAAGCUGCUACAUCCGCCAGGUGGCGCUCUUUGUUCUGCUGGCACAGAUGGGGUCUUAUGUACCCGCAGAGGCAGCAAGGAUCGGUGUGUUUGAUGGCAUCUAUACCAGGAUGGGGGCAAAAGAUGACAUAUUUAGGGGUCAGAGUACAUUCAUGACGGAGCUGGUUGAGACCUCAGACAUCAUGUCCAAGGUCACUGACCGGUCCCUGGUCAUCCUGGAUGAGCUGGGACGGGGCACCAGUACCCACGAUGGAAUGGCGAUUGCGUACGCGGCUCUUGACCACUUCAUCAAGAAGAGCCAGUGUUUCUUGCUGUUUGUUACCCACUACCCUAUGUUAGCUGAGUUUGAAGCCCUCUUCCCGCAAACAGUGACAAACCAUCACAUGGCAUUCUAUAUGGUUGCAAAUGAUGAUUCAGAUAGCGAAGAUUUGUCUCAGGUAGUGUUCCUGUACCAGCUGGUGGAGGGAAAGGCUUCACGGAGCUACGGGUUGAAUGUAGCCCGCCUAGCUGGCCUGCCUCAGUGUAUUGUAACCUCCGCCCGACAGCUGUCACAUGGCAUGGAAGAACGAGAGCUGACACACAGAAAACAAGUCGAACUUUUCCAAAAUCUGAUGUGCAAUCCUGGACUGGAUGUAAGGCAUGUUCUGGGAGAAAAAAAGAGUGCUGACCUUAAAAGAUGAUUGGCCAGCAACAUUUGGUUCUUUGUGUCUUAUUAUUGAAUAUAAAAAUAUGUACAUAGAAAAUGUGCUUUAUUUUUGUGAUCGGCUUGUAUUGUUGUGCUUUUCAAAAAUUAAUUAUUUUCUAUAAACACUUGUGUUGUUCAUUAAGCUUACUAAUCACUUAUAUACAUGUAUAAGUAUAGUAUUGAUACUUCUACCUCAGUCACUGUAACAUUGAUAGGUGUGUUAUAAUAGGGAAUUCUGCUGUUUUGUUGAGCAUUCAAUUAACCAACACCUGUACAAGGUAAACAGUGAAUUGAGCAACACUCUAUGCCCAUUUGAGUUUGUUAUAUUAUUUUUAUAUUUUUAAUGGUGACAAGUCGGUUUUUAGAAAAAUUAUGUUUACUUAAGUAUAAAUAUAAAAACACUUUGUUUAUUAGAUAUAUCCUUUCUUUAACUUUAACAUGUUCAGAAAAGUUUUUUUAUGUCCCCCACUAUAGUAGUGGGGGACAUAUUGUUUUUGCCCUGUCUGUUGGUUGGUUGGUCUGUUGGUUUGCACCAACUUUAACAUUUUGCAAUAACUUUUGCUAUAUUGAAUAUAGCAACUUGAUAUUUGGCAUGCAUGUGUAUCUCAUGGAGCUGCACAUUUUGAGUGGUGAAAGGUCAAGGUCAUCCUUCAAGGUCAAAUAUAUGUGGCCAAAAUCGCUCAUUUUAUGAAUACUUUUGCAAUAUUGAAGAUAGCAACUUGAUAUUUGGCAUGCAUGUGUAUCUCAUGGAGCUGCACAUUUUGAGUGGUGGAAGGUCAUGGUCAUCCUUCAAGGUCAGAGGUCAAAUAUAUGUGGCCCAAAUCGCUUAUUUUAUAAUUACUUUUGCAAUAUUGAAGAUAGCAACUUGAUAUUUGGCAUGCAUGUGUAUCUCAUGGAGCUUCACAUUUUGAGUGGUUAAAGGUCAAGGUCAUCCUUCAAGGUCAGAGGUCAAAUAUAUGUGGCCGUAAUCGCUUAUUUUAUGAAUACUUUUGCAAUAUUGAAGAUAGCAACUUGAUAUUUGGCAUGCAUGUGUAUCUCAUAGAGCUGCACAUUUUGAGUGGUGAAAGGUCAAGGUCAUCCUUCAAGGUCAAAUAUAUGGGUCAAAAUUGCUCAUGUAAUGUCACUUCUGCAAUAUUGAAGCUAGCAAUUUUAUAUUUGACAUGUAUGUGUAUCUCAUGGAGCUGCACAUUUUGAGUGGUGAAGGGUCAAGGUCAUCGUUCAAGGUCAAACGUCAUAUACGGGGACAUUGUGUUUCAUAAACGCAUCUUGUGUGGGUUUGUUGGUUUGUUCGCGUCAAACUUUAACAUUGGCCAUAACUUUUGCAAUAUUGAAGUUAGCAACUUGAUAUUUGGCACGCAUAUGUCUCUCAUGGAGCUGCACAUUGUGAGUUGUGAAAGGUCAAGGUCAUCCUUCAAGGUCAAAGGUCAAAUAUAUGGGGGACAUAGCGUUUCACAUCAACGCAUCUUGUUUGUAUCUCAUAAGAGCAGGAUUUCUCUGCAAUUUCGUUUUUGUACAGGAAACUUUUGUCAAAUUUUAAUUCAAAUUAUAUCAUAGCUGAACAAGGUUUUUUCCGUUAUAAAAGCUUAUAUCAUUUGUUGAACUCAGUUGAGCAACCUGAUUCAUUCUAAGCCCAUUAGUUUCACAGGUUUCUUUCUUCCACUUGACAAACCAACUGUGGCUACGCUGGGUUAGUAUUGUAGAUUUACUAUUAAUAUUAUUUAAGCUAGAAUUUUAACACUAUUCUUGUUUCUUAGUUAAAGAACAAAUAUUCUGCAUUCAAUUUCUAUCAUACUUUUUUUAACAGCAAUUCAUGUUUACUUGAUUAAAUCCAAUCAUGCGAAGGGACCUACCAUACAAAUAGGGCUGUGUUUAUCUGUUCAACUGUAGAAAAUGGGGAUUUGUAAUUUUCUGUAAAUACUACUAUUAGCACAAGUGUGGCACAGCGGAUUUGAACAAAAUUGCAGGAUUCAGUGGAUUAGAUAUAAACUUAGUUGGAAGGGAGUUAUCCACUGGGUUCAGGCAGAUAUACGCACACCCAUAGCAGCCAGCUUGUUCUGAAUUCAAAUGUUAUCUUCUUACUGCUUUGAAAUUUCAUACUUUACAUGAUUUAAAUCUGGAUUAAACAUGAAAAUUA